CUCCCAUCCCAUCCUCCCGUCUCGUGUGCGUUCGCUCAGAGAUGAGAUAUGUCAGGGGCAGCAAACACCACCUUUCGGCGAAGGAGCAGCACAGACCAGUCCAACGUCCCAGCAGGCGAGAUGGGGCGCUCACUACUCAUGGUCCGUCUGCUGCCGACAAGCGCCCUCUCCCUCAACACUCUCUUCUGCCUCGCUGUGUUGCUGUAUGUGUUGGCCUGGGCGCUGCUGGUGCUCUACAGUGGGAUGCUGUUCGGCACUGGCGGAGGUGGCGGCGGCCCAGAUGACCGGGCAGCCAGGCGGACUCGGAAAGAGGCGUUUGAUUCAUGGUUUGAGGACAUCUUGGAGCAGUGGAUACCGCCAUGGGCCAGCCCAUCGCUCUAUCAGCUGGAGGACCUCUAUGUGCCAUCAGCAGGGGAGGAAGACGGUCACACACGUCACCCCUGCAGAGUGGUCAUCCUGACGUCGGGCGAUUUGCGCAUCGACAUCGACGAGCCCCUGAGGGCCAACCGGCAGCUCUACGCAGCCCAGCAUGGCUACUGCUACAAACACCUAUCGUGUAUCAGGGGCUCGGGGCAGCGGUGGAUGAAUGAUAAUAAUGAGACGGAGAGUGAGUCCGGCGGCCGUGACAACGAGGGCGACCGCCGGCUGUGCCACUCGCCGCAUUAUUGGCGGUACAUCGCUUUGUGGAAGCUGAUGCGCAGCGGGACGGAGUGGAUUCUCUACCUUGACGGCGACGCCAUGUUCACCAACUUGAACCGCACGGUCGAGGACGUUACGCGCAACCCGGCCUACGCCUCCCCCUCCACAGCCCUGCUCGUCGGCACAGAUGCCGACUGUCAGAGCCCCAAGUUCCCCCUCAACAACGGCGUGAUGCUCGUGAGGGCGUCCACCUUCGCACACAUGCUGGCCUACCAUGUGCUGGUGCGCAAGGACUACCACCGGGCCCUCAACCACACCGACAAGUGGGGCGCCAGGGGGCUGCACGACCAGCCCAUUCUGAUCGAGGUGCUCGCCGAGCUGAGGGUGAUCAACCCGGAGGCCAUCCAGGCGGCCUGCAGCAGCGGGGCCAUCGUCAACCACACGGCCAGGGGGGAGGUGCUGCACCGCGGCAGGCAUGUGACGGUGCUGCCGGGCAGACUGAUGAAUUCCUUCAGGAGGGGCAACACAUACGCCGACAUGCCGGAGCUCGUCUGGCAACCUGGCGACUGGAUCGCUCACUUCACAGGUUGGCUUAACCAACCAGUGUGCCAAUCCAUCAGGACUUGAUCUCUUCCUGAUAUAUGUUGGUUGGUGUCGUCAUUCCCUCAGGCACUGCCAACAAGGUGCGUCGUUAUUUACUGCGCGAGACGUGUCACGCGUCCCACGUGGCAGGCCACCUGGCGGUGUGUCCCUUCGCACUGUCGUCCCUGCUGACCCCCGACGAGGCGGCCUCGGUCAUGGAGACAGAAAGGGUGGCGCUGAGUGAGCGGCAGCUGCGGCGGGCUCACAGCCAGCGCAGCAUGAGGAUACAGAGAGCAGCGGAACAGAUCCGCAGCAACUCAGACAAACUGCCAGGGGCACUCGACCACCUCAGACACACAAUCGACCGGUGGGUGGGUGAAAACACACAACCGACCGACAAGGGCCUUACUCACCUGAGUCGGAAUAGGCGUCCAUAUCUGUCUGUCUGUAUGUGUGUGUAUGGUAUGUAGGUACGUGACGCGUCUGCUUGAGUGUGCGGACUGGUCGAUGGGUGAGGGCGAUGAGGCCAGGGGCGAGGAGAUGCUGGGCUACCUCGAGGAGGUCGCCCGCCAGGUGUGGCAGAACGCAUUCCAACUCGGCACUUACACACUCAAGGCCGCUCAACACACAGCAGUAACCACCGCACACUGACUGCACAACCCGACACGCAGACCACACAGUCAGUGUCUUGCGCAUCCAUCCAUAUGCUGUUCGUUGUGGAUGCCACCAUUCAGGAGCAGAUGGUCAACAUCGAUCAGUGCGGAGUGCCAGAUGGUGUGGAGGCCACCACAGACCUGCCGCUGUCUGCAGACGGCAGCCGGCCGGAUGAGUCCGAUGCGUCUUGCCAAGUAACUGACGCCGGACAGAUAGCACUGAGCUGACUGACGGAGGGGGCAGGAAGGGAUAACGAGUCCAGCACGAAGGAUUGGCGCGGUCGGGUCAGCUAGUGAGGAUGUCCGUCCGUCUGUCUGUCUGUCUGUCUGAUUGAUCGAUUGGAGAGAUGGGAGAGGCGGGCGGGCGGCGCUCUUUCUUUGUCUUACACUAUCAUCAUCAUUAUCAUUGUAUACAUACCGUAUUAGUCACUCACUCCGUCCACUGGGAUGUGUCUGUCUGUCUAUCUAUUUAUGUCUGACCAGCUAGACAAGUGUACGUGUACAUCUGUGUGUGCGUGUGUUGCUCGGGUGGGCCGAUCAGAGAGACUGACUGGCGCUACUGGACGGACGGACGGAUGGAUGGAUGGAUGAAGGGAUGAAUGAAUCCAUAUCACUUGAAUGAACAACAU